AAGCGUUCCGUGAUAAAGUGUCAACCACAGUUUCCGAUUUCUACUACACAACUCAGGAGACAAAAGAAGUGACAACAUAUGACUGCCUAGUAAGAAGUGACAACAUAUGACAGUCGAAUGCACCACCAAUAACAGUCGACAUCUGUAGGCAUGUUUUACCCCGCAUAGCAUUCAAGAUGGCAGAUGAAUUUGGUACGCCGGGUUCCUCCAGUACACACUCGGAUCCUCGCACGAAUAUAGUUGUGUCCCCUGCAGCGACCGCGUCGCCCUGGGUUGUCCACCUCGAUUUCGCUGCUCACCGCCAGCUCUUCAACUUUCCCUACACCCUAGAAACCGUCGACGAUUUCGUGCGGUUUCUGCUGCCGUUGCUGGAUCCGGAGAGCGAGCAGGACUGCAUUUUGACGCAGUGGCCGUCGCGGGACGCCGCGAUUUCUCACUGGCAAGCCAACACACUUGAUGUGCGUGCCAUUGAUGACGAGGCAGUCGUCCUCGCGCCGCGGCGAAAGGAGGUCGGCGGGCCAGCUAAACUCGAAAGAGAAAAAGACGUCGGACACCCUCCAGCGGCCUUGGAGCGAUUUGUCAUGCAGAGUGUACAGGAAGCGCUGACGCGGUUCCUCCCUGACGGAGCAGACUGCAGCGGCAGCUCUGACAGCCCGGUUUCCGCCAUGAGUUUGGAUGAGGAUCCGUCGCCUUCGGCAGAUCAUUGCAACGACCGCAACCUCUGCAAAACCCGAGAAUUCCCUUCCUACCUGCGGGCUUGGGAAUACCGAUUCAGUUUGAAAGCCCGAGACUUGAACGGCGAGAGGAGCAACGGCAGCCUAGCGACAGUGUCAGUGUGUGAAGAUGACGGUGCAAACGACAGUCCUAGCAAAAGCAAAAGACGCAAACUUUCCGCUCCUCGAGCCACAACGGCAACUGCCACUUCAACCUCCUCGGGAGAAGAUGAAGAACAUGGAGAGGAUCAUGUGAACCGCCUCGUCGACGGGGAGCAUGGCAGCAGAACAAGCAGAUGCUCUUGGAGCAAGACCGAAACGAACCCGUUAGUUCGCGAAGCAAAUUGGAAGACCGCGGACUGUUUGACAACUAUGGUCGACGACGCUUGGCAAGCCUUCAAGCAAUUUCUACUGGUGCAGGAACAUAUUCUACAGAAAAGCACGACACUCACACCUCAUGGUUUACUUGCAAUUAACCAUUAAUCUCGAGCCAGGAAAGCAAGUACAACUACAAGUUAACUUUGCAGCGCAGUACAACUACAAGUUAACGCCGAUAAAGCUGCUUGGGGGCGACGACCUCUCCGCCACCACCCUCGGCCUCCUGCGGGCCAUGAAGCGGCGCGACCCCGAGAAAGUGCCGGCUCUAUCUUUUGUGAAAAAAGAUAUGAAAAAGGCCUACCGGCAGCUGCUAGCGCGUCAGCGCUUCGUCGUGGUCGUGUGCAAAUGCCCGAAGACCGGCAGGCUCUUCGGCGCCACGGCGAAAGUCCUCCUUUUUGGCGAAGAGGCGUCCGUGAUCAACUUUAAUGUUUACUCAUUGGCCGUGGCGAGCCUCGGGCGGAGGCUGCUGAGGUUGCCGCUCAUCAGCUACUUCGACGACUACGCAGCCCCGACGCAGCUCGCAGACGAGCAACAGUGCGCGAGGGACAUGGAUACCCUCUUCACGGAGCUGCUCAGCAUAACGUUUGAACGGGACAAGGAUGAACUUGGCCCGAAGAUACGUUUUUUGGGCGUCUUUCACCACGUCCACCCCUCCGGGGUCUCUUGCGAAGUAUGCCCCGUGCGCGCCGGGGAGCUUGGCAAGCAAAUCCGGGCCGCACUUAGCGCGGACAAGCUCAGGCCAGUGGAUGCCGAGUCAUUGGCAGGGGCGUUGAGCUUCUGCUGUGGCUCCAAUUUUGGGCGAUUGGGGCGGGCAUGGUUAGUGCCCUGCUUCGACUUGCUGUUUCGACUUGCUGCCCGAUCGUGUUGUGCUUUAACCAUGAGGGCCGCGGGGGCCAGAGUGUCUAGGGCGCAACCGCGCGCAGGGAGGCGUAUUUCGGUAGGGGCCGGCGUGGCCUACUUCUAAACCCGUCCCUCGUACCGGGGCGGAGGCCCCAGUAAAGACAAGGACUAGAAAUAUUGCUUGCCCCCCCCAGCCCUCCGGGGCCGCCAUGGAUGGCCCCGACCACGCUGUAGCAACCAGGCCGAGCGCCUGGCGCCGGCCCAAGUUGCUAUUACUCAGUCGACGCACUCGGCGAUUGGGUAUAGUUUGCGGCGACUGGAAGAUGAUACCAAAUCACCUCGUGCGCGCGAAGUCGCAUGCACGACCAUAGAGACUCACGGCUUUUCGGUGAGUCCCAACCAGUUCGCGCCGUAAAAUACUUACGGCGCUGCCGCGCGACCCAUAAGGGGUCGGCCUGUUGUUGAGGCGAAGUUACUUCUACCUUCGCGUGAAAUGAACUCGCGCCUGUGUUUCUAGAGCGUGACUUCAGGAUCCGAGUGCCCGACCUGGCUCGAGGUCGGUGUCCACGUGCUUACUGAGUUUAGACAGAUGCACGAACUUAGCCUAUCGACCGUGUUGAAAAAUUAACCAUUAAUCUCGAGCCAGGAAAGCAAGUACAACUACAAGUUAACUUUGCAGCCUCAGCAUCGCGCGUUCUUCAUUUUGUUUUCCCUAUCCCGCAUGAUCCCCAAUCCGGAUCACGGUAUGCAUCUGAACGGACGAAAAAAGGGCCCGCUGCUAACUCUGCAAUUUAGAGCUUUCCCUUUCGCAGCACAAUUUUCAUUUUCAGUGCCUGCAGAGGCUCACCAACGAGUUUAAUAAAUAUGGUAGGGGCCAUGGCACAACGAGACAGUCGUCGAGCUCAGCGCAGUCCUUUCAACAUCGACACGACAAUGUAUGGUUUUCCACGUGUCCUCUUCUCUGGUGUGGGUGUGCUUUUCCAUAUGGAUAGACGACCGGGACCAACGAUGGGCGGCCUACGUCGACUCGAGAACCGCGACCUUGCUGCAGCGGCUCACGCAGUGGAUCUUCAUAGGCGAGGAGGACACUUUUUCGGACUGGCACGUCGACCCGCAGGGUACGGGUGCUUGGUUGUAUCUCAUCGCGGGGGAGAAAGAGUGGGAAAUCGAAUGCGCGGGUGGCGACGAGCCUUCUAGCAGACCUCUUAUCAAGGGGGCCACAAAAACUGAAUUCGUUCCUCGCGAGAGUGGGAGUUUCAGGCACAGCGCGUCGACAGCCCAGCGGUCUAGGACUAGCACCAAAGCACAACGACCAGCAAGCUGCGCAGGUGCUUCUUUCAUCGAAGAAAGCCGAGCUAUCCCCACCUCGUCGCAGCCCGCUUCGCAAACGGAGAACGUAGACAACAGGUGUUUUGUCUACAGGUUCCGUCAACAAGCGCAUCAGAUGCUGUACCUCCCCGCGGGUCAUUGGCACCGAGCCCGCAAUGUGACGCGCACUGCAGCGAUAAGUCAUAAUUUUCUUGAGGACGAGGAGGAAUUUCUCGCACAGCUGCAGCAGGCGGUCAAUGACGACGUCACUAGUGGUGAAGAAGACCAGGAAAAGGAACGCGAGCCACUUCUACUCGGUGCAUUGCAGGGGCUUCGUUCUGAAAUCAGAAACGCUUUGCUAGAGACGAGCCGCAAAAUGAACUGAAUUAUAUCUUCAGCUUUCACGAACUAGUAGUUCUCCUGGUAGUAAGUAUGUAUUUCCUGCAGCACCUCCAACUAGCGUUGCUGCUCUUCUUGCAAUGAAUCAUGCGACGUACUCGUACAUCGCUGACCCACGCAGCCGUAUUUCUAUUCGUGCUCGAACGAUGUUCUGUAUGUAUGCCGAAGCGUUGAGAACAAAUGCGUAUAGUCUGCACUAUUCUAUUUGAAUCUACGUCGAUCAGACGGAACCCUCGGCAUCAGCGACCCCCGUUUCUUUGACCAAUGUUGUUUUUUAGCCCGAUCUGCAAGCGAAUGCACAAAAGUUUCAUUGCCAGUUAUGACAGA